AUGGAGUUUGUUAAGGAGUCCGCCAUGUCCUCAUCCCCGAUAUCAAAUAUAUGUUUGACGGAGCGCCAAAUGCAAUUGUCAAUGGAUGGCGUGGAGAGGGUUCUAAUCGGAUACGCUCUUCCCUUUGUGGUCAUCUUUGGGAUCACCGGGAACUUGUUCAAUUUGACAGUUCUGUUGACGCCAAGUAUGAGAAGCAGGUAAGCGUUUAAGUUUGUGCAAAGAGGCAGGUUACUAGGUAACUUUGGGGAAUUGGAUAUGCACACAUAGUCAAAAGAUCUCCAUUGCUAAUAAAUAGAAGUAUUUUAUUUUUACUUACUUUUGGUACCAUCGUAUCUUCAUGUAAUUAAUUCCCUAACUUUUUGCGAAGGUUUUUACUCCGCAAGAUCAAUUGUUGCUAUAUACAUUAGUUCAGCUUUGGCCAGAGAAAAAUAAUGAGAACACCAAAAAAAGAACAGAGCGUUCAAGGGGAAGGGAGACCGAUCUCAGACUUUGCAAAUAGAGUAUGGAGCUAUCAACAUCUGAAGCUCAUGUUAGCAGCCACUGUAUGCUAUUAGACAAUCUUUGCAGUGGAGUAUCCUUUAUGUAAUAUGGUGCACUCUUGUAGAAUCUUACAAGUUAGUAAAAAGUUAGUAAAAUAGCCCAAAAGUUCCUGAGGGCUACUAUUGCUUCUUCCAUGGUCCUAGUUUUGACCAAAUCUCUAUUUCAGAUCAAAUAUCUUUCUGGCAGCGCUGGCCGUCGCAGAUAUGCUGUUCCUCUUCUUAAUGUUCCCACAUUCUCUUGUACAUUUCGACUUAUUUCUGUUCAAUUAUUACUUCCGCUUAUUCUACCUGUCGGGUACAACGUAUCUCCUGACUUUGGCUAAUUGGGCCUCAGCAGCAGCUAUAUGGUAAGUCAUCAAAAACUGGCGGAUUUAAGACGAUAUUUUAGGCUGAUUCUUACAAUCUGCGUAGAGCGGCUGAUUGGUAUUCGAUAUCCGCUGAGUACGAGGAAACGGAGUAAUUGCAGUAUUCCAGCUAUCAUUGCUGUUAUUGUAUUCGUGACAGGAGUGCUGACCGCAUACAAUUUGUUUUCUCACGAAUGUGUUUUGAGGGUGUUUUGUAACGACACUCAGGUGCAUGGGUAUUGUUUGGAGAUUGCGAAAGAGCUGUAAGUGAGGGGAGAAUGAAUAAUCGAGCGGAAAUCUGGGAAAUUAAUAACAAAAAAUUUGUUAAAUACAGAGGUUUUAAAACUCACGUGGACAAGCGAAUUGUCAUCGUUAGUUGUAAUGCCGUACGAAUUAAUCCAAGUCCAGAGUGUAAAAUAUCACUCUUCGUCUUUUUCAAGUUUUUCAUAGGCCUGCUGAGUACCUCUGGCUACUUGAUUGACAACUAGAUUUUAAUGAAACUUGGCAUAAAAUAAGAUUAAAAAAUUUUGCGUGAAACCCGAGCUCAAACUUUACAUAAACCGAUAUUUUAACUCCAAGCAUUGGUGAAAUUCGAAAUUUCCUUUUUGUGUCUAUGUAUGAAAAUUUUAGCAUGAUUUUUGUUGAGUAUAACAAUAUAAUAUUUCUGGUUCAAGCCAUAGAGUCAAAUGGCCUUUACUUUGAAACUUCACUGGUUUUCAUUUGUUGUAAAAUUAUGUUUUAAUUUCUAAUAAAAAAUCGGAAAUUUUUUUUGAUUCACCCUAAUAUCAACAAAUUGAAUAUCAGAGCGUCGCACUACAAAUAUUUUCUGUUGUCAAUCAAAAAGUUCAUGAUCUAAACCCCUGAUUUUAAUAAAACACAAAUAUUUUUUAAAUGUUGACUCCAUUUUUUCAGCUGGCCAAAGAACCGGCAGAAUCCCCAUUCAGUUCUCCGGAAAGCCUAUGCGUUGUGGUCGCCCCGCUUCAACGCCGUCUUUGUUGUGUUCUUGCCAACGUUGGUUAUCGUAAUGUCGAACGCAUUGCUUAUUCAAACGCUUCAUAAACGGUAAGUCGGACAUGAACACAUCAUGUGUUCUCUUGGCUUCAACAACGCGGCUUUCUCUGGAGAAACAUGGACGUAUAAUCCGAUUUGUAGUAAUUUCAUAAUACCCAACAUGAGACAAGUAAUAGGAAUAUAUUAUACAGUGUAUUAGGACCGAGAGUAUUAUUUUGCAGGAGGAAAUUUCUUCAAGAUUCCACGCGGAAUCACAGCGAAGAAGGACAAACAUUGGCGGCGGCCGGAAACAACGCCGGAACAAACUGUCAAUCGCGCAACGAACAGCGGAUUACGCUGACAAUCUGCGCAAUUGUGACAUGCUUCACGUUAACUCAGGUAUGUUUUUGAGGAUACUUUCAGGAAAACUUGCUACAACCUUAAUGAUUGGUCAACUAAAUGUCUAUUUAUAAUUUUAGGCACCUUCCGCGUUCUAUCAUCUGCUCAAAAUUACAUUGGAACCAAGCCAUGGGAGACUUCCUAUUGUAAGUCCAAAGAUAAUAUGUAUUAAAGAUUAUGGAUUUGCAAUUUUUUGAAUUCUUAAAAAUGCUGUCCCAAUUUAAAAUUACACUUUUUUCGGGAGUUCAAGCUUUUGGUGUUCACUUUGUUUUGUUUACAUUUCUAUGCGAAAAAACAUUAGAUCUCUGCUAAAAAAUAGGCUGAAAUUCAAAAAUAUUUACCUUUUCAUAUACAGUGAGGGACCGGAUCCAAUGGCAAAAAACGUCUCACUUUGCAUCCAGGAAGGGACCAAACUGACUCCAAAACCCUCCCUUCUCUUAGCUAAAAAACUCCGCUUUGAAAAGCGGGCCCUUUCCUUCAAUAAGAGAGCGCUAGCUCCCAUUCCUUCCAACAAUAUUCGCAAUCAAAAAGCGCGCGCUUUUUUCUUUUCUCGGAUUCUCCUUCUCCGGAAAAAAAACAAAAAAAUUCGGCAAAUACAGAAGGCCAAAGGAAAGAGAGAAGCGCAAAAGGCGCGCGCUUUUUGAUUGCGAAUAUUGUUGGAAGGAAUGGGAGCUAGCGCUCUGUUAUUGAAGGAAAGGGCGCGCUUUUCAAAGCGGAGUUUUUUAGCUUAGAGAAGGGAAGGAUUUGGAGUCAGUUUGGUCCCUUCCGGGAUGCAAAAUGAGACGUUUUUUGCCAUUGGAUCAGGUCCCUCACUGUACAUGUGCUUUUUGUGUACUCUACAAAAAAUUAUGUACAAAAUAUCCCAGCGAGAACCUUCAACAUUUGGGAGUGCUUAUCAGUUUCCUCAAAGGCUGAUAGAACACGCUAAGAGUGAAAAUUUUAUCACUAACCUUUUCAGGGAACGAUCACCAACUUUAUGGUCUGCGUUGGGAAGUCGCUCAACUUCCUGCUUUUCUGCAUGAGCAGCAGCUCCUUCCGCAACAAGUUCAUGAAGCUGACCAAGAACCGGCUGAACGUCGCCAUGGGCAAAAAGUAAGUCCACAGUUCGCGUUACCAACUCCGACUAUCGUAGUAAUGUCGUAAUCUACCCUACUAUUGUUCUCAGGUUGUUACCCUCGAAAACAAGCAAAGCGCAAUAUCUUGACAUAUGA